AAACAAAAAUUUUCAGUUUCAAAAAUGAAUCCGAAAAUUUUGUUUUUGAUAUUUUUAAUGAUAUUACUUCCUGAAAAUUUACUAACUUCGAAAUUUAAAUUUAAAAAAAUUAACUUACCAAAAGUGGCAAGUAUAGGUUACGAAGCAAUCAAAAUUAUAAUGUCAGUGAUUUCAUCAACCGAAGAAAGUGAAUUUCAGCAAGGAGUUAUCGAUUCGCUAGACAAUAUUAUUGAACAACUUAAAGGACCUGAUUCACUUAUUAAAUCUGAAGCUGAUCGUAUUAUCGAAAAAUUAUCUGUUAAAAUUGAUAUGCAACACGUAUAUGAACUACAACUAGUUAUUGAUGAUAUAAAUCGAAAAUUUGAUCAAAAAUUCGUAGAAUAUUUCAAAGAAAAUAAUACUUAUCAUCCAGAAACUAUAAAUAAUUUUGUGCAUAAGGUGAUUCAUGAUGACGAUUUCAUAAAAGUAUCAGUUAUACUUGACUCUAUUGUACCAACAAAUUCUCUACCUCAUCUGAGAGAUAAACGACUUUUUGACUUCCUGCAUGAUUAUCUACAAUCUCAAGACACAGACAAUAAUAUUUGUGACUUAGGUGUGUCACGAUAUCAAAUACUAUUUGACAUUUACACUGUUGCGGUAAGAACUAUAGCCAAAGGUUACGUGAUGAAAGCUUAUGCUUAUAAGUAUCGACAGUUACAACUAUCAGAUUCAAAUCAAUGGAUAACAGAGUUGUACGAUGUAAAAAAUCUUUAUCAAAAGUCAGUAGUUGAUAUUUCGAAAGCAGCGCGUGAUGUUAUGGCUAAUGAACCUAAAGUGAUAAGUCGCUGUGAUCCCCAAAAUUACAUUGAAGGUGUGAAUUACAAACGGUAUCAAUUUUUAUCAUUAUAUAUUACUUCUGAUCAUAUAAUAAAAAUGGGAAUAGAUUAUUAUCGAUCGGGUCGUCCUUAUCAUGUAAGAACAGCAGCAUUUUGUGAUGGAUAUAGUUAUAGUUGUCGUAAAAUGCCUGAAAUAAUACAAGCUUGUCUAGCGCCACCAGAAAGUGGAAGACGAUAUAAUUAUAUCGGUGAGCGAGGAGGGAUUUUCGAUGGGAACUAUUACUACAAAGGUCAUCGUCAAAAUAAUGAAGCAUGUUAUCGUGAUAUAGUAUUAAAAGAUGAUCAUAACACUAAAGCUUGUUUUUGUCGCGAACCUUACUCAAUGGAAAAAGGUGCUCUUUUAAAUCUUACAGCACAAUACACUGAUAUAGCUAAUAAUAGAGUUGUAACUGGAAUCCGUUUCGUCACAAAAUGGUCAAUAACAUACAUUGAAAUUCAAGACGGUCAAUUAGUCAAUGGCACAAUUGAUCCGACCACUGUCCGCUGGAACGAUGAAGUAACGCGUAAACUUGAAGAUUAUGAGAAGAAUAAUUUUGUAAUGCCUAAUGAUUUCUAUUGGAACAAAAACAAUAAGUACAAGGUUAAUGGACCUCAUAUUUAUGACAAUCCUUAUGAUGAUGAUAACAUAAUUGAUCUCGGAGAUAAUUCGUGGUCUUUUGAUUUAGACGAUAUUAUAUUACCUCCUGGAAUGGUUGUUACUGGAGUUCAGUUAAGUCGAACAGAUUACAAUCAUAUUUCAUUGAAGGUAGCAGGAACAGAAAUGUUUGAUAUCGUCGGUGACUUGUCCCCAUCUACGGAAAUUCGAUGGUUUUCAGCCGAUGAUGAUUUUCUUUCGAGAGAUCGAAUAAACUUACGUAAUCUUGAUGUUCCAACGUUGGGCCAAAAUAUAAAUCGAGAAUCAAGCCAACCUGGAAAAAAUUAUGUGAAAUUUGAAUUAACUGAUUAUAUAGCAGAUGCAAGUCAAACAUUAAUUCCUUUUAUGGAUAUCCAACCAAUCGUUACCAAUCCUCCUGCACCGAUUGGUGGUGUUGGUAUUUAUUAUAAAAACCAGAACGGAUACGGUGGUUUCAUUUCAUUAAAACUCUUUAAUAUUGACAAUUCCAUUUUUAUGUUUAACGAAUAUUUUAUGUUCAAAUUAGCCUUAGAGGGUUUCCUUCAACUUUUCAAUAAAACGAGUUAGUUUGAAUAUUUGCUUACGUAACAUUUACAUCUGUUACAUCUGUGGAGGAGUUGAGCACCACCACUCAGAACUAAUGACCACGUAUAAAUU